AUGAUAUCUGACGAGGAUAUUUCAACUUUCCAAGGUGUUUGCGGUACAGAUAACGAUGAAUUGUCAAGACAUUUCCUUGAGAUGGCCGGAGGCAAUUUGGAAACAGCCAUCUCGUUAUUCUUUGAACAUGGUGGUGAGAGACAGUUGAACAGCAAUUCUGGUAAUAAUAAUGCCGGUGCUGGUGCUGGUGCUAAUACAGGGGGUUCUGGCGGUCUGAGUGGCGACGUAGAGUUUGCUGAAGAAUUACAAAGACAAGCGUAUCAGGAUGAAGAUCAAUAUAGGGCUCCGGAUCAGGCAAGACACGAGACAUUGGUGGAGACAAAUGUGUUUCCUAGUGUUUAUGGUGGUAUUGGAGGUUCUUUUGAACCAUUGCGUAAUGCCAGGGAUAUGUUUGACAAUUCAAGACCUUCAGGAAUUUUUAAUCAACAAUUAGACACAGACCUACUACGUUCUGGUAGAUCUAACAACUACCAUCGGGAUGACGAUGAUGACGAUAGUGAUUCUGCGUUUACUGAUGAAGAAAAUUAUCCCAGUAAUGAGGAUGAGUACGAAUACGUAGAAGAAAACGUCGUGGAAAUAGACGACGAUGGUGAACUACGGGAAUAUACGAAAUGGGUUAAGAAGCCAAAACCAAUGUCAAAGGAAACCAGGCUAGCAUUAUUGUUUAGACCUCCAUUCGAUUUAAUGGCAAAAUACGAUCUUGACACUGCAAGGCAAAAAGCCAAGAAAAGGAAUAAAUGGGUAAUGAUUAACAUCCAAUGUGCAGAUAUUUUCCAGUGCCAGAUGCUUAACAGAGAUCUUUGGUCCAAUGCAGGUAUAAAAUCCUUCAUAAAACAAAAUUUCAUAUUUCUGCAAUAUCAAUAUGAAUCAAGACUAGCAUCUGCCUAUGUACAACGUUAUGGGUUCAACGAUAAGGAAGAUUGUCCUCAUAUCGCCAUCUUGGAUCCAAUAACCGGGGAGAGGUUGAAAUUUUGGAGCCGUGAAGUGCCAACUGUGGAAAAUUUCAGACAAGAGCUAGAGAUAUUUCUAGAGGAAUUCUCAUUAGAUCCCACUACUACUAAUCCACCUGUUAAGGAACCCACUCCAAAGAUUGAUCCCAGCACUUUAAGUGAGGAAAAACAGCUUGAAUUGGCCAUACGAGAAUCGCUAGGCAACCAGACUCCUACUACCUCGGACGAAACAAAUGAGAAAUCUGAUCAAGUGGAAGAAACCGAAGAAACUGAAGAGCCCGACGGAGCGCAAUGGAAACUCUUCGACUCAAUCAAACCAAUAGAACAUGCAGAACCUGAUAACAAACCUGGAAUCACAACCAGAAUACAAGUACGAUCCGGUGAUGGUAAAAGACUAGUGAGAAGGUUCGAUGCAAUGCAUGAUACUGUCAGAACGAUAUAUGAGGUUAUCAAAUCUCACUGGCCGGAAUAUUCACAAGACCAAUUCGUACUUACGACUCAUACCAGAGAAAAUCUUAUCGAGAAGCUUGACGAGUCGAUAAACGAUGCAGGUUUGAAAAAUAGCUCCAUUCUACUUGAAAAGAUCUCGGACUGA